AUGUCGCCACGGAAAUACUUGGUUCUCGUCGCUCUCGGCCUCUUCCACACAGUCAAUGGCAACUGGUCAAUAUACCGCGGGGCAAAUUGUUUGGGUGAUCAAUACUUCCACAAUAAUCUAAUAAAUAUUAUUGGUCAUUACUGCGAUUGGGAUCGAAAUAAUCAAUGGAAACUGAAGUCUAAAGAGCAUCCAAAGUCAUUUGCGCAUGAUAGGUCAGGAUCCUUACUAUAUUUCAUAAAUCUGCCUCGAAACGACCCUUAUUCCGUAAUAUUUUAUGGAGAACGAACUCUUCACUACAUAGCACUCAAUGAGGACUGUGAAUUCCACUUCGCUUCAACAUUCAGCGAGUAUCCUAGUACAGAUGAACAGCUUAUUUUGGAUGAUUUAUUUAUGUGUGAACCAAUAUCUUGA